GCCUCCCCCACCAAACCCACCCCGAAAUCCGAACUUCUCCGUGCGCGCACACACGGGGCAACAAUGGCGACCACCGCCUCGCUCAAGCUCUCCUCCUGCUCCCCCAGAACUCUCUCCUCCUCAUCCUCCCAGUCUCCCCUUCUCCCCCGCGCGGGCCGCCGCCCCAGCAGCGCGCGGCCCCUCCUCGCCGGGCGCCUCCCGCCGGCCCGCGUCGCCGUGCAGCCCCCCGCCGCCGCCGAGCCCGCCUCCCCGCGCUCCACCACCUUCGAGCAGGUGCUCGAGGAGCUGAUCGGAGGGGCCCACUUCUCGGAGGAGGAGGCGGAGGCGACGCUGCACUUGCUGCUGAACGAGGAGAACGAGGCCCGGAUCGCCGCCUUCCUCGUCCUCCUCAGGGCCAAGGGCGAGACCUACGAAGAGAUCGUUGGGUUGGCCAAGGCGAUGAUGAACCACUGCGUCCGUGUCGAGGGGCUGGACGACGCCGUUGACAUUGUCGGUACCGGCGGCGACGGCGCAGACACAGUCAACAUCUCCACUGGCUCCACCAUCCUCGCUGCCGCGGCUGGCGCCAAGGUCGCCAAGCAAGGUAGCAGGGCGAGCUCGUCGGCCUGCGGCAGCGCCGAUGUGCUUGAGGCGCUGGGUGUCAACAUCGAGUUAGGGCCCGAGGGUAUUAAACGGUGUGUCAAUGAGGUGGGUGUUGGGUUCAUGAUGUCUGCAAAUUACCAUCCGGCAAUGAAAAUUGUCAAACCUGUGAGGAAGAAGCUGAAAAUAAAGACAGUUUUCAAUAUCCUUGGUCCUCUGUUGAAUCCAGCAAGAGUACCAUAUGCUGUUAUUGGUGUUUACCAUGAGAACAUAGUUACCAAGAUGGCUAGAGCAGCUCAGAGAUUUGGAAUGCAGAGAGCGUUGAUUGUCCAUUCAAAGGGGUUGGACGAAAUAAGCCCACUUGGACCCGGAUAUAUUCUUGAUGUCACUCCAGGAAAGAUUGAAAAAAUGCUCUUUGAUCCAUUGGAUUUUGGCAUUCCUCGCUGCACAUUGCCAGAUCUUAAAGGAGGCGAUCCUGCGUUUAACGCAAAAGUUCUCCAGGAUGUUCUUGCUGGCCAAAGAGGUGCAAUUGCAGAUGCUCUUGUUCUGAAUGCUGCAGCCUCUCUCCUUGUUAGCGGUAAAGUCAAAACCUUGCAUGACGGUGUUGCGCUAGCACAGGAGACCCAGCGCUCCGGAAAGGCCAUCAAUACACUCGAGUCUUGGAUAAAGGUUUCCAAUAGUUGCUGAUGUUGAGGUUGAUCGACACGACUGAGUUGCAAUAAGACACAAGGAAUGAUGCCAAAUAAGGAUUCCUUCCAUAUUCAACACCUUCUCGUGUAUGUCCAUUCUUCUUUUUUUUCCUUGGACAUUGUCACAAUAUAGCUGCCGUCUAGUCUGGUUUGUUCGUCCAGCAAUGCCGUAGUGUAGACAAAAUCCCAUGAGGAUGAGGUUGUAACUUGUAAGGUUGUGAUCAGAACAGGCGCAUGCUUUUCUGGUUAACUGAGGUAUGCAAUCAUAUUGAGGCCUGGAAGGAAAACUGAGCUCUGUCCAAAGAACUUCAGAAAGAUAUAUGCAUAUGCGUCAUGGAAUUUGCUUUGCCAGUGAAUAAAUUGAUCACUUGUAUCA